UUCCCAUAGUGGAAUUACUUUUCUUUAGGGAAUUGUUUUCCUCAACAUCCAGUUGGUGGCGACAAUACACAUUUUGGUGUAGUUCGCCAAUAAACCCAAAGAAAAAGAAGAAGAAGCUAUCUAUUUGUUCUCGCUAUUAACGUUACUCUAUUCAAAAAUGUUCCUCACUGCUGUAAAUCUGGCCAAGGCCAAGUCAAAGACUGUCCUAGUGCAAAUGGUGAGUGCUGCAGGGACAGGUUAUUGUUUCAACACCAAGAGGAACCGACUACGGGAGAAACUGGUGCUGCGAAAAAAUGAUCCCCUGGUGAACAAGCACGUUCUCUUUCACGAAAAGAAGAAGAUUAGGUCGAUUUAACCGUGAACGGCAAAGAAUUAAGAAUCUGCAACAUCUAAGCAGAUUUCACUGACAUUGUAUUGUCAAAACUGUAUUGACCACCAUUCGUGAGAAGAGCUAAGGAGUUCCUAUUGGACUUUUCCAGGACCACAUCAACUCGUGGUAAAACAUUUUGGAUGAACCAAAUGGUGGCAUAACCUCAAGCAGUUCUGUUUCCACUCCCAUCAAUGAGACAGUUAUUCCUCAAUGAGUAAGAUGUAUCUUGUUUCAUGUUUUCCACUUGUAAACUUUCUCUACCUUAGGCUAAAUCUUAUUGAUGAUCUUUGUUCUGUGAGAGGAUCAUGUCUGGCAUCAUCUAAGUCAGGGUGCCUACUGGCGGGCCGAAUUUGACCCACGAAUUUGGCCUCCAAGAUUUCUGAGCAAGAAAAAAAUCAUCAUAAUCAUUUAUUUAAAAAAAAUAUAUAUAUAAAAAAAAAAA